GUCGCCUUCCUCUGCAGCAGCUUCCGCAGUACCACGCCCUGGACAAGGAGGAGGAGCCCCCCUAUGGUCUCGAUGAGGACGGCGUCGCUCAACUUCGAGCGGAAGUCGAAAAGCGGAAGGCUCCGAGCCCUCAGAGCUCUAUGACGAGGAAGAGCAUUGGGAAAGUGAAAGCAUCACAAUUCAAGAAAUUGAAGCCUGGAUUGCGUUUGACCAUCAAUCAGGGCUUCCGGAAACUACGGAGGAUGGCCUCCGCUUUGGACAUCUCGGAGUGUGAAGUUGCUGAGGUCUUGGAGACCCUGGCCCUCCACCUUGAAGAGAACAUCGAGAUCGCCUCCAGGGACAGAGAAGUUUUCAUCGGCGAGCUGGCAAUUCCUGAAGAGCCUUUGGUCCAGGAA